UAAUGAGUGAAGAAGAAUAAUAAUUAUAAUCUGGAAGUGGAAUAAAAUAAGAAGCAGCAAUAAAACAUAGAAGAAAGAAGGAGGAGAUAGAGAAGGAUUUCAUAUGCGGUGAUCCAAAUUGUGGCAGAAAGUAUGGAACAAAUGCUGCUUUGUAUACUCAUAUAAAAAAUAAACAUAAUGGUGUUCCACCUGUAACAAAUUUGGAUUUUAUUUAGAUAGACUGGAACUGUUAAACCUUCAACAUCAAAAAAGACCAAAGAAUAAACUCCUAUUAUUGAUUAAAUGGAUGAUGAAUUAAGCAAAUCAGUGGCUACUAUGAAUGAUCCUGAUUUUAUGAAGUUCACUAUUAUGAUUAGCAAUUUGGGUCAUUUUAAUGAUAAAAAUAUUAUUGUUAGAGAUGCUUAAGAACCUUGUUUUUAAUUGGAGGAAGAAAAAUUGUUGGAUUUAUACGAAAAAGUAUUAUAAAAAUAAAAGAUGUUAGAUUUUGAAAGGAAGUAGAUAAAUAUCAGAAACUCAAGGGAAUUCUGUUUUUACUAAAAAAGCAGAGAUGUAUUUGAAAUUUUCUUCUCCUAUUUGGAAAAAGCACAUAAUAAAUGAAUUAUAUACUGUUUUGAUAUAUGCUUAUAUUUUUAGAGGAGAAAAUUUUGAUAGUAAAAAUGAUGGUUAAGUUUAGCUAUUGAAAAAGAUAUUACUAGUAAUUUGGCUAGUUAUAAAUUGUUUUCCGAACUUAUUAAAUAAGACAAGGUUGAUUAAUUUAGAGAAGUAUACACUACAAUCUGGAAUUUCAUCAUUUGA